UUCAUAAGCAGUCAUUAUUUUCUGUUUAAUUAACUUGUAACUUAGUUCUUAGUUCAAAAAUGUAACUUCAAAACCAUUUCCAGAGGGGAACUUGGCUUAUGCUUUUGCAAAAAAAAAUAAAUAAAAAUCUUGUAGUAGUUCAAAGACUAGAAAAUCACUUCACAUCACAGUCCUCUCCACAGGAUGACUGAAAUUUAAUACGGAGAAAGGACACACACACAAUUUUCUAAUUGACUCAGUCCACUUUCUUGGGGUAGCACCUAAACCUUCAACGAAAAUCCGGACGAGCACUAGAUGGCAUCAAAGAGAUUCAGAAACCCCUAGCCUUUUGCUGCCAUUCAGCGCUCGUCCGAAUUUCUCCAGCCCCUCCAUAAAGUAAUCAAAUGUACUGGUAUGGCGCAGGUGUAGGUUGUUCGUACUUCGUUGUAUAUGUGCAUGAUCCCUUCCGAGACCAACGAAAUCCCAGAAUCUGUUCAGAGUUAACUAUUAGUCUGCUAGGCCGUUGUAACGACAAAAGGUCCUCGAACAUGUACAGAAUGCAUUUCUUUCUCACUGAUAUGCCAAGCACAACCCAUCCCUUCAUUUCUCAGAGGGCACGGGUUCUGGGACAGACCCAAGGCCUAUCACGGAAGGUGAACACUAGCGCCACAACUGUCAUAGCUUGCCUGUAGCAGCUCCAUUUCGUGCUCCGGAGAAAGCCUCAAGGUACCGUUAAAAAAGUUUCAUUUUAAAAAAAAAAAUCGCGCACCGCCCCACGCCACUUCUGCCGCGGUAGCUGUCACGACGUUUCCGGUUUUCCCGCCCACACCUGUCGUAGGACGUUACGUAUUACGCUCCGAUAGUGACGUCUUACGGCGAUUCUACGGCACGCCACUUGUGACCAAGAUCAUCACAAGCGGAGGAAGACGGCUCCCCCAUCUGAAAUUCCUAGAACAGAUGUGCUAAUUCAUUUUACUGGAAUUGUGCUCUACGUUAUCUUCAUUAAGGAUGAAUGUUGAAAAAAAUCAGAAUUAUGAAUGUGAUGAAAACAUAGAAAAUGACUUACUACAAGACACUGCUAAAAAUGUUUUAGCAGGAAAAACUCCUAAUGAAUCUUUUUCUAACUCAAAAAUGCUUUUGAUUAAAGAUCAGAAAAAUCCAUUGGAAAAAACUGAAGAGAAUGGCUUAGCGAAACGGCCAUUAUCCCAAACAGCUGAUCGUGAACUUAGUGAAACAAAUAUAGUUGAAAAUGAACCUAUCUCAAAAAAAUUAAAGCUGGCUGUUACAAAACCUGCAAAAGAGAAAGAAGGAGACCCAUCUGAUGCUACCACGUGUGAAUAUUCUGUUGAUGGGACAAAUAAUGCAAUAGAAAAAGUGGCUGUAAAUACCUCUCCAAGUAGAUGCUCAUUUAUAACAAAUUCUUCAUGCAUGCGGCAUGAAUUUGUGCCUGAAGAUGAUAAUACUGUACAGAUAACACAUACGGAAAAUGAACAUUCUCAAGAGAAUGAAAUACUACUUCCAGAAUGCAGACCGUCUAUCUUAGAUGAUUCAACUAGCAUUAAUUAUACAACAAGUAGUGUUAAGAAUGUUUCAAAAUGCAAGACCCGUAAGGAGAUUUUUUCCUCCGCUCUUGAUCUAGAAAAGCAUGUUCAGGAAAACCACCUUAAGCAAUCAAAAGAAAACGUGAGCUUGCCUUGUACUUCUAAAUCAGAACAUACUUCAUCUUUGCAAACACACAUCAAGGAGGCUUCUGGCCAACUUACUUAUUUUUGUGAUCUCUGUGGUUAUCAGACUUUUAAGGAAGCUCUUCUACAGGCUCAUUUUCUUGGCAAGACACACCUCCGACGGCAAAAUCUUGCUGCCCGGGGUGGAUUUGUAAAGAUGGUAACAAAAAAAUCCUUUUGUAAGAAACAGCAGUAUCCAAUCAAAGAAAAGAAUGUAGGAAUGAAAUUGGCACUUAAUAAACCAAAAAUAAGGGAUGAGAUUUCAGAUCAUUUAAGAAUUUCAGGCAAUAAGGUAGAGAACUUGAAAGAAAACUGCCAACUUCUAGUUGAAAUGAUACCAUCUACUGAAACAACAGAAAAUAUUACUAAGGAAGGGGCCUUUUUCUGGAAAGUGGAUGGAAAUGGUGAAAUCCUACCUGAAAAAUCAGACGUAUCAGAGUCUUCAGAAUGCAAUCCGUGUGUAUUGAAACCUGCCAAAAGUAGUGAAGUCACAGUUUGCAACUUAAAGUCCACAGGGGUAUUUCGUAGUUUCCACCAAAAAAGAAAAAUCCUAUCACGAAGAAUAACUUUCAGGCAAAGUAAUUCUUUCAGAAUAAAUCAACAGAUUAAAAGAAGAUAUAAUCUUUUAGGCAUUGGUAAAAAAAGUAAGCUUGAUUCUAACACAAAGCAUAGCGUUCAAGGGGAGUUGCAUCAGAGUGAUUUAUCACAGGCCAAAGCUUUACAAACUGAAGGUGAUGGUAAGCAUUUCGAUGCAGAUAUCCCAGAAAUAGCGGCAGAUGAAAAAAAUACAUCUUCUAUUAUCCUGGAGCAUGAGAAUACUUCAGAGAAAGAUCUUGAUGAGCAGAGGACACUAGAUCCUUGUAACCAUGGUGGAUCUACUUUGUCAAAUAAAGAAGAUCUGAAAUUGGAUGCUGAUAAAACUCAUGGUGAAUUUAAACUCCAUUGUCAAAUAUGUGGGUAUUCCUCAGACAGAAAGGACUUGGAAUGUCAUUGUCAAAAAACUAAUAAUCAUAUAGACAACUGCAAGAUAAAUUGCCCUCAGUGUUCAUUUCUUGCCCCAAAUGACAUAAGCCUUGGGAAACACAUGUGUGAUGAGCAUGGCAUGGCCUUCUCCUGUUCUGCUUGCUGCAUGUAUUUUCUAACUGAAGAAGAAGUAGCAGCUCAUAAUGCAACUGAGCAUCAUACUGAUUUACUGUCGCAAGGAGAUACCAUUCAGUCACUUAAAAGUGAUUUGGCUCUGCAAGCAACAUCUUGCCCUUCAGCGGAACUUCCAAAGGCUGUAGAAUUGAAAACCCAGCAGGAAGGCCCCAAGCUCUCAAUGGUAAUUCCUGGUAGUGAGUUCAAGGAGUCUGUUUUGAGCAGAAGUCAGUUUCAGUGUAAAAAAUGUUUUUAUAAAACAAGGUCUUCUUCUGUGCUUACAAGACACAUAAAACUUCGACAUGCUCAGGAAUAUCAUUUCCUUUGUAAAGCAUGUAACCUUUAUUCAUUAAGCAAAGAAGGAAUGGAAAAACACAUAAAGCGAAGUAAACACCUUGAAAAUGCCAGAAAAAAUAAUAUUGGUUUACGAUUUGAGGAAUGUAUUGAAAAGAUAUGUGUAGGUGGAACAGAUGGUAAAAAAGGAACAGAAACUCCUGUUUGUGGAAGUUUAAAGACAGUAUCAGAAAAUGAGAACAUAUGUGCACCCUUCUCUUCUCUAGAGAAGGUAUCAAUAAAUAAAGAGCUGUACACAUCAAGUGAAACAAUUAAAGAUAGUGAGUUGAUUCUUGGCAGUGUGCAAAAGAAAGGUAGACCUAAAGGGACAAUUUCUCGGACAUGUCCUCAUUGUGGUUUAUUGGCUUCUAGUGUAACAAACUUGACUGUUCACAUUCGCCGAAAGCAUAGCCAUCAGUACAGCUAUUUAUGCAAAGUAUGUAAUUACUAUACUGUAACUAAAGGUGAUAUGGAACGUCAUUGUGCUACAAAGAAGCAUAAAGGCCGCCUGGAAGCCAAUGGGGAGAAAAAUGUUGAGUUUAUUGUUUGUCCAGAAGAAGACAAUAUUGAAGCCAAGUUCAAGAAAAUAAACAAUCCAUUAAGCCUUUCAAAUGAAUGUGUAGAUUCUAAUGAUCAGUCCUCAGAGACAGACCAAGCUAUUUUGGAAAGCAAGGGAGAUGAACAGGAUAACGCCAUCCAGUUAAAAGUCAAAAAUAUAAUUCACCUUCCCAAAAUAGAUAGAGAUAGAAACUUUUCUGAAACACAACAUACAAUUGCAGAAUCAAGUAACAUUAGCCAAGAUAAAAAUGUAUUGGUUCAGACAAGACUAGCAACUGCAAAUGAUAAUAAGUGUGCUCAUUGUAACUUCAUUGCACAUUCUUUUUCUUCCCUGGAAGUACAUAUAAAACGCAAGCACACUAAAGAAUUUGAAUACUAUUGCAUGGCCUGUGACUAUUAUGCAGUUACUCGCCGAGAGAUGAUUAGGCAUGCAGCAACAGAAAAGCAUAAAAUUAAAAGACAAUCAUAUAUAUGUGCUUCCUCUGGAGAGGAGACAGAUGUAGCAAAUAUUGCCAAAGAAACUGCUAUUGUGUCUGAAGAAGAGCAGCAAACUACAGGAGAUCCUCAGAUUACAUUGGAUGAAACAAAGUACAAAAAUAAUAUUGAAGAGGAAAGCCCAGACAAUCAGGUCACGGAUAAAGUAAAUAAGUCACCUACUUAUUUGGCAUUAGAAGAUAGUGUUGCUUCAAAAGUGUCUAAGGAAGAUUACAUACUUGAGGCUGUAGAUGCUGAAACUGAAGAUGGAACUGAUCAAGGCAGAGAAAAUACAAGUGGUGAAGAAACUGAUCAGAAUGUAGGUCUUAAAUUCAGUGAGAUGGUUGAACUUAAGGAAACGAUUGAUUGUGUUCUGCAUCAAAAUGUAGAUAACCAAGAAAUAUCAAAAUCAAAUAUUCAUCUGACAACAGAACCUGGAAAUGAAAACACAGCUCUUGAUGAAAGUUCUCCAAACUCAGAUUUAAUGAAAAAUGAGAACAAAUUGGAAGAAGACUCUGAAAAAAGUUACAAAAUUUCAGAAGUAGCUGCUGAAGAAGUGAAAACAGAUGAAACCCAUUUGUCUAUAGUUUCAGACACUGGUAGUGCACUAGAGCAGCAAAGCAUCAGUGAAAAUACUGAAAGCUUUAAAGACAUCCAUAUUUUACAGCAACAGAAAAACAUUCAGCAAUGUCCUACAGAAGAAGAGGGUACCUUGACAGAUGCACAGCAGGAAACAGGAGUAUCUUUGAAUAAUAUUUGGGGUUCAGAUAGUUCAGUAGCUGAAGGCAUGGGCAAAAAUGAUAUAAGUUUGGAUGUUUUAAACAAUGUUGAUGGCAAAAUAGUAGAUGGAACAGGAAUGCAAAACUGUGGUCAGUUUGAUUCUUCGAUAGUGAAAUUAAACCAUGAAGAUGGUUGUGAACUAGUUGAUCACCCAGUUGAUGGCCAAAACCUGAGUAGGCAAAAAAAUUAUGACAGAGCUAUAAAAGUGGAUUGCCCACAGAAUGAUGGAAAAAAGAAGAAAGUAGAAGGACAUCCUGUGAAGGAAACUCCACGAAUUCGUUGUGAUGACUGUGGCUUUUUAGCAGAUGGUUUGAGUGGACUAAAUGUUCACAUAGCCAUGAAGCAUCCAUCAAAGGAGAAGCAUUUCCAUUGCUUACUGUGUGGAAAAUCGUUUUACACUGAAAGCAGCCUUCAUCAGCACCUGGCUAGUGCUGGCCAUAUGAGAAAUGAACAAGCAAGUGUUGAAGAACUGCCAGAAGGGGGUGCCACCUUUAAAUGUGUGAAAUGCACAGAGCCUUUUGAUUCUGAACAAAAUUUAUUCCUUCACAUAAAAGAACAACAUGAAGAACUGCUCCGGGAAGUCAAUAAAUAUAUUGUUGAAGAUACUGAACAAAUUGUCCGAGAGCGAGAAGAAAAUAAAGGCAAUAUUUGCAAAUAUUGUGGGAAGAUAUGCAGAAGCAGUAAUUCAAUGGCCUUCCUAGCUCAUAUCCGUACCCAUACAGGAUCAAAGCCAUUCAAGUGCAAGAUUUGCCACUUUGCAACAGCUCAACUAGGAGAUGCCAGAAACCAUGUCAAGAGGCACCUUGGGAUGAGGGAAUACAAGUGUCAUAUCUGUGGGGUAGCAUUUGUGAAUACUGCCAUAUAG